AUGGGAGUACCCACCUUCUACCGAUGGCUGGUUACGAGGUAUCCAAAAAUAGCCAAAGCCACCUACGAAACCAGAGACAGCGAUGUGUAUGCAAGGAGAACGAAGAUUCAGGAGGGACAACGUGAUGGUGAGGGGAAGGCCACCUAUAGAGUACCAGAUUUAAGCGAUUAUGUGAAUAACACAGAUGAAACCCAUUGCUCAGACAACAUAAAUGGCUACUUUGAUAAUUUGUAUCUCGAUAUGAACGGAAUAAUCCACUUGUGCUCCCACAGUGACAAUAGCAAGAGAGCCAAAAGUAAUGAAGAAAUAUUUUUAAAUAUUUUUUUGUAUAUAGAACGUUUGUUUGAUAUAAUUGAGCCAAAGAAACUUCUUUACAUGGCCAUUGACGGAGUAGCUCCUAAGGCCAAAAUGAACCAACAGAGGAGUCGAAGGUUUAAGUCUAUCCUCUGCUCAGAAAUUGAAAGAAAAGCAUACAUCGAAUUGAGGGAAAAAUUUUUAUCAGAAAAUCGAGUAGUUCCAGAAGAGUUCACCUUCUGGGACAGUAACAUUAUAACUCCAGGGACUCAGUUCAUGUAUGAAUUAUCAGUUGCUUUGAAAUAUUUCGUGGAGCAUAAAAUUACAAAUGAUGAAAAGUGGAAAAACAUUGUAGUCAUUUUUUCCGAUGCUAAUGUUUGUGGAGAAGGGGAACAUAAAAUAUUUAAUUUUAUAAAAUCACAGAGGGCUCAAGCUGGGUAUGAUCCUAACACAAGACAUGUAAUCCAUGGGAUGGACGCCGAUUUAAUUAUGUUAUCUCUAGCUAGCCAUGAACCCUAUUUUUACAUUUUAAGAGAAAUAAUUAUCCUAGAUUCGAAAGGAGAAGAGAAAGUUCAAAAGGAAGAAUAUGUAGGGAUGCUUAAGAGCAAACAGGAUUUACCCCUCUGUACUACCCACAUGAGAAAAACAAAAAAAAAGUAUACCAAAUAUAACGACCCACAUUAUGCUAAUAUAAACAGAAGUCACAAUUGUUUAAUUAAUAGUGAGAACUGGAACGAAUUGCAAAUUUUGGACUUGACCAUUCUGAGGGAGUACUUGUCCAAGGACUUCUUCUUCGAUUCUUCUUACAACUUAGAAAGGUGUAUUGACGAUUUUAUUUUUAUCUGCUUUCUUUGCGGAAAUGACUUUUUGCCUCAUUUGCCUUCCAUUUCAAUUGCUGCGGGGAGCAUAGAUCAGCUAGUUCUACUAUACCAGAAGGUGCUGCCUGUGCUGGGGGAUUACCUAAUUAACGAGGGAAAGAUUAAUUUGAAGCCCUUUUCCAAAUAUGUGUCUUUCAUCGCGGAGGUAGAAAGGGAAACGUUCAUUUCGCAGUACGAUUUUAAGAAGAAGAGGGAAAAGAGGGACCAGCAGAAGGACUCCAUGAAGAGAGUUAAGUGCACCGAUGAGCAAAAUGAUGGUUCAGGAAACAUCGCUUCCAUGCUCGCGAAUGCUCCGGGAAACAGUCGCGAUUAUGAUACUGUGGCGGGAGGGGAGGCUGGUAAUUCAAAUAGAGGAAGUAUACAAUUUAAGGACGGCAACAUGAGGAGGGGCAGCGGUCAGAGUGACACCAUGGGAAUAGCUACACAAGCGGGGACAGCAUCAGCAAGCUCACUAGCCUCUGGCGCAUCGCCACCCGCACCUGUGAAUAAGAAAAUGCUCUACGAGUCCAAAAUACAAAGUAUGCAGCCAAUCAGGAAUUUCAAGUUUAAGGAAAAGAAGGGCGAGAAGAGCAUCAACUUCCUCGUACGCCCGGCGUCGUCUUCCAUUGCGGAGGAGGCGCCCAACAACGAAUCGUCCACUGUGCAGACCGCGGUUGAGGAGGAAGUGUCUGCGUCGUGGGAGGAGAUACAAUGUAAGGAGGAAACUAAUGGAGAGGCGGAACAAUGUAAGGAAGAAUUUAAUGAGGAGGCGGAACAACCAUAUGGGGGCCCUCCCCCCAAAGGAGAUCUCCAGUGGGACAUAGAAGAUGAGGAAACUAAACGGAUCAACGAUAUUAACGAGUUUAACAUGCUCCUUAAAGAGGCGAUCAAAAAGGCAAACGAGUGUGAAAACCCCAAAGAGGACGUAGAACUUGGAGGAGAUGAAAACCCAGAAUUGAUUAGAAUAAAAUACUACAAGUCCAAGUUCCAUUUGGAUGAGAGUGAUUAUGUAGAAGACUUCGUGAAAGAAGUGGUAUACAAAUAUAUUGAGGGUUUGGCUUGGGUACUUUCAUAUUAUUUUCAAUCCUGUCCGAUGUGGCAUUGGUAUUAUCCUUACUAUUAUGCACCCCUGUCAUCAGACUUAAUUAUUGAUAAUGUGAAUUUUACCUUCCAAAAGGAUGAACCCAUUCUUCCCCUGGAGCAACUACUCUGUGUGUUGCCAUCUAAUUCUAGUCACUGCCUACCUAAGGGGUACAGAGAAUUAAUGGUGCGACAGGAUUCCCCCAUUAUUGAUUUUUACCCCAAAACAUUUAAGGAGGAAGAAAAUGGGAAGAAGUACAAAUACCAGUGGGUUAUCCUACUCCCAUUUGUAGACAAGGAAAGAAUUAUUAAACAUGCUAGAGAACUUAAUGACACCUUGACUGAGGAAGAGAAAAAGAGGAAUCGUAGAGGGAUGAACAAAAUUUAUAUGAACUGUUCACAUUCUCUUUCGAAGCAAAUUACCAAAUCGAUAAAGGCAUACGUGAAGAAAAUAAAGGGGGAAGGUGAAAAGAAGGACGAUGCUGAUGCCAGUAACACAGCCAAUGUCGGUGAGAAUGCGGCCGCUGGAAAUAGCAUCGAGGAAGAGCCGCCUGCCGUUAGCGGGGAACCAACAAACGUGGAAGAAGCCGAUGAGCAGCAACAGAAAGGAGGCGGAAACACAUACGAUCAGUUUUUUAAAAACAUGAAUCUAACCAUCCCGAUAAGUAACAACCGAGACAUGAACCUCUUUGGCUAUCUCAAUUGCAAGCACGAAGACAGUGAUGUUAACAUUUUAAAGAAAAUUUUUAAAUUCUCGUCCAAUUUUUGCACCACAUGUAACAGCGCUUUCUUUGUCCAACCCGAACUUAUAAAGCAUCGCUCAUCGCUUUUGCCAAAUCAUAAGAGACCAAGGAAGGUGCUCACCGUGGUUGACAUCAACAACGAGGAGAGAAAACUCAGGUUCAACGCACCCGCGGCGAAGAGGAUGAUCUUGAACAGUCUAAGUACGAACCACCCACAUAUUUACUCCUACGCGAGGGGUAGUCAGCCCAGAAGUCAUGUCAUAAAUUACGGCGGCGGAGGUUAUGGUGGAGGAGGUUAUGGGGGAGGUGGUUACGGUAACGGUGGCUAUGGAAGUGGUGGCUACGGCAGCGCCAAUUAUGGAGGCCACGUUGGCCGGGAUCACCGAAACAACUACGCGAACGCAAAUUACAGCUCGCACAUGGGUGCCCCCAAGAACCACGCUUCCUACCACCACGGCCAAAAUUAUCAGAGCCACCAAAAUCAUCAAGCAUAUCAAAAUCCCAAUUACGGCAACAAUUACCCGCCAGCGAGCUACAAAAACGUCGUCAUGCACAAGGUUCCAAAAAAUGUAGCCGCGGUGCACACCUACGACAGCAAAAAGGAAAGCAGCUAUAACAACGCCUACGACAAUAGCUAUGCAUCCCAUAGAAACCCGUCCAGCAGGGAAAAUCCCUAUUAUGACGCUCCCUACAAUACUUCCCACAAUGCGAGAUACAAGAACGAGAACCGCGGCGGGUACGGCAGUCACGGGGGGCACGCCCAUGGUAGUCACAAACACCACGGCGGGUACGGAAACUAUGGCAACCAUAACAACGAAGUCAACCAGCACAAGCGAGACACCUUCAAAAGCAACGCGCAAAACGGUGCUCCAGGGAUUAACAAGAAGGCCAACUACAACGGCAGAUCCGUGCCGUACAAGGACAGGGAAUAUUGA